AUGGCUGAAACUAGGUCUUCCAUUCAGAACUUAGAGAUACAAGUUGGUCAGCUGAGCAAGAGGAUCCCAGAGAUCCCAUCCAACACUUUUCUAAGCAACACAGAGGUGAACCCAAAGGAAGAGUGCAAGGCUCUCACUAUGGAGGUUGUGACCGAACCCAAAGAGGAGCCUGCUAUUGAGGAGCUUAAGGAAAUCAAAGCUCAUGAGGAGACUAACACAAUUACUUUGCACGCCCCUUUGCUGAGAGAGGAACCUGAAGAAUACUCUUCUUCAGACGAGCAAGAGGAGCCUAAGGAGGAGCAAAUUGCUCGGUUCCUUGCAAUCCUCAAGAAGCUGAAAGCCAAUUCCUCUCAUGCAGAGGAAUUGAAGAAUGAUCCCCCUUUCAUGGCAUGUUUGAAGGCCUCAAAGGGAGAUGAGACUGUGGUACUGACCAAAGAGUGUAGUGCCUUGGUCCAGAAGAAGCUCCCUCAGAAGCUGUCGGAUCCUGGAAGCUUCCUGAUUCCCUGUACUAUAGGGACCAUCACCUUUGAGAAGGCUUUAUACAACCUUGGCUCAAGCAUCAAUCUCAUGCCUCUCUCCGUGAUGAAGAGGUUGGAUGUUCAAAAAGUGCAGCCUGCCAAGAUCUCAUUGGAGAUGGCAGACAAGUCCCUGAAAAGGGCGUAUGUCAUGGUGGAAGAUGUCUUUGUGAAGGCUAAGGCUACGCUUUUCGGGCUACAGAGACGCUUUAGUGGGAGAUACCUCCGUUGCCUAUUCUCAAAGGCUAUGCUUUUCUGCACCAAAGGCUACGGUUUUGGCGUUUGGGAAUAG